ACUGAGCACAAACGUUGACCUUGAGGGACAGAUUCACUGAGUCCAUCCAGAGCUCAUGGUGAUUUGUGUUUCACUAGAAACCACUCCAGAUGAACGCUGUGGGGAGGACAUCGGUCUUGGGGUUACUGAUCUCCAUCACUAUUUUGGCGCCUGAUUCAAGUUAUUCAAAUAAGGGACACCAGCAGGAACCACCAGAUUAUCAGCUGCCGGGGCCUUGGAUGGAUCAGCAGCUGGAUUCCCUUUCUGUACAGUCUAACACCACACUGUAUGUAGAGAUGGGCACAAAGUCUCUGCUGUCCUGCCCUGCUGUUCCACUGGCAAAAGCAGUAUUAAUAACGUGGCUCCUAACCCCCAGAGGCCAGCCUUCCUGCAGAAUAUCCUAUACCUUGGAGACAAAGGAGACCAGUAAAAUAGGCUGCACCGACAGGAGAAUCACCUGGGCCUCCACACCUGAGCAGAGUCCUGACCUUCAGAUCAGUGCCGUGGCCCUCAGUCAUGAUGGGUAUUACUCAUGUCAAAUAACAACACCUGAUGGGGAUUUCCAAGAAGGAUAUGACCUUCAAGUGCUAGUCCCCCCAGAAGUAACCUUGUUUCCAGGGGAAAACAGAACAGCAGUUUGUGAGGCAAUUGCAGGCAAGCCAGCUGCACAGAUCUUUUGGACUCCAGAUGGGAAUCACGUCACUAAGAAGGAAUCACACAGCAAUGGCACCGUGACUGUCAGGAGCACAUACCACUGGGAGCAGAACAAUAUGUCUGCUGUGUUCUGCUUUGUCUCCCAUCCGACUGGCACCAAGCUUCUGUCUACAGAACAGAAUCGAGUUACAGGUGUCACUAGCACGCCACGUUCCCUGCUGACCAUUCUCUAUGUGAAACUUUCCCUUCUGGGGAUUAUUCUGCUCAUCAUAGGAUUUGCUUUCUUCCAGAAGAGAAAUUAUUUCAGAAAGUGAAAAUCUAGGUUUCUGAAGCCCUUAAGUCUGAUGACACAAUACAAGAAAGCAACCAUUCACCAUCACCUUGUUGAUAUCCAGCUUACAUGAUCCUGAUGUCUUCACGUUUGUUAGAAGUCAUGUGACAGAUGACAGUCAUGCAGUGUGACUAUACAGGCAAAAUCUUGGUGUUUGCAAUCAUACAUGCUGUGAAUGACUAUCUACUCUCUACUUUCCCCACUUCUCAGACCGAAGAAGAAGAUGGCUUAGCAAAAGGUCAACAACAGUGCUCGGUGUAUUUCCUUCACCCACAUCCUCCAUGAAUGGCUUCCACCAAUUUCCUGUUCCUAGAUUCAUUUUAUGUGAUCAUAAAUGUUACACUUUCAGGUGCUGUGAGAAGCAACAUCUUCAAGUCAGUCCACUAACUGGCCUUCUUUGCUUGCUUGCUACCAAGUAGCUAGACAGUUGCCUUUUGUAAUAAUCAUUGAAUAGCUAGCUAGGAGCCAUUUCUUUUUUUUUUUUUUUAGCAGUAUCUCUGCAUUUUAAAACCUGGACCCAGAGAAGGUACUGAAAGUAUCUUGGAGAUAACACUGAAAAUCCCCUUACUAUUUUGAACCCCAUUGUCUCAAUUCCCCUUGCUGUUUGCAUUGUGACUUACACAGAGAUUAGGAUGGAUCAAUAUGGGUUAGGAUAAGAUACUGGUGAACCCUAAUAGCUGUACAUCAAGAAGAAAAAGAGGAGGCUCGAGAUUAGCAAAUAUCUGCACACAAUAAAGGGUAGAAGAAUGCUAUCAAGAUUAUUGUCUACUUUAAUAGAAGGAAAUUACCAUGCAUUAAGCAGUGAAUAAAUUCAUUAUUGUCAAACACA